GGAGAAUAUUAUAACGUGCUCCAGUAUGGGUGCACACAGUAAGUCUUUAAAAAAGCAUUUUCACAUUGUGGCUGUUCAUGGGAAAAUCAUUCGAACUAUUUUAUAUACUGCAGAGUAACUUAAUUUAUAACAGUACAUCGUUUUAGUAGCUUUUCAAAGCUUUUGUUUAUAAAAUUUUCAAUCCACAAAGUUUUUAGAUUAAUGCAGUAAGGUAAAAAAGUUAAAUAUUUCCCUAUUAAAAGUAGUAUAGUAAAAAAAAAAAGUUGCACAUUCACAUUCAGUAUUCAGGUGAACAGAUAAUCAAAAAUUUUAUUUUUUUGCUGUAGACAAUGGCUAUCUAAAAAUGUAAUUGUGAAAAUUAUUUUAAAUCGUAAAUUGUAUAUGCAACAUUAUAGUUCUGGCUUAUGCAAAUUUAUGUUUUAUAAAAUGAGAGAAAAUAUGAAAAAAAUCCUAAGAGGAUGUCAUCAAGUUAUCAGAUUGCAUAUUUUGUUCCACCAACCGUCAAAUCAAUCUGCGGGUGAAAAACAUGACAAUUUAGUAUUAUGUCACUGGGCGAUAGUUGGAAAAAUGAUACCAAAGAUAAGAUUACUGUACGCAAAACUUAAAAAAAAAAAAAAAAUAGGUCUCAAAACAACAAAAAAAAACAUGUAGAAAAUAAUCUCAUUCUAUUCAUACUUGUACUUGAAUAAAUGUACUUAUGUGACAUUCCAAAACUGCAAAUAUUUUUCCAACAGUCAGUACAUUGUCAAUGAUGGCAUUUUUAAAGUAUUCUGUACUCAACACUAUAAAUUACUACUUCUACUUUUCUUAGCAAAAACUACACCUAUGUCCAAAAAUAUUCAGUUUUCUGUUACACAAGAGAAGGAAAAGCUGCAAAAACUUAGAACUGAAAAGCUAGAACCAGAUAAUAUUUGUCUUUUUGGCUUGAAAAAUUACAUCUAAUCAAUCAUUGAACCCUAAGCCAUGUAUUCCCUCUGUCAACUAAUUAAUCAGUCAGCUCAUUGUUUCAGCUCUAAUGGUGUAUUGCUAGACCAUGUGGGCUGGGCAUAGCAGUGUGAAUGAGAAUAAGUGGUAUUUUCUCAGUUAAAGAGCAAGUAUCUCAAAACUGCACUUGUGUACAGUAUCAAAUGUACUCUGUUAAAUUCUGAUUCGGUUACUUUUAACUGCAUUUAAGUCGCGCAACCAUUUCCUAGUAAAUCAAACCUCGUGCCAUUAAUUGCCAUGCUCUGGGUGUGUGCGUGCGUGUGUGUGCAUGUGUGUGCUGCUAAAAUAAUGCCCCGGCUGUCCUGAUAUCCCACAAUUCUUCUGUGGGCUGCAUAGUGGAGUGUGAUAGGCUGGUGGAGAGGGGGAACUGCAGCAGAGGAGCACCGCUGUCAGGAAACAGAAGCCCACUACGAAUGCAACUCGCAUAACCAGCUGAACGAGGGACGGUUUACCUGCGUGAUUUACCAUGACGACCGAAUCAGGCGCGGAGUCGGAGGCCAAGCAGCCGCAGGAGAACAAGGAGACGGAGAAGGGGAAAGCAGCAGCCGAACCCACUUCGCCUCAGAACCAGCCGGAACAGCUUCCCGCCGCCGCCGGACACAGCACCCCCGCCAGGAGAGAACAGGAGCAGGAGGACGACCAGGUUUCCCACAGGUCAUCCACCAGUCGUCUGUCCAGGUCUCCUUUGAGAGGAGUGAAGAAGGUGAAGAUCAUGCAGUGCAAAGUCACCCUGCUGGACGGCUCCGACUUCACACUCAAUGUGGAGAAACGAGCAAAGGGCCAAAUGCUCUUCGAUAAAGUAUGUGAUCAUCUCAACCUUUUGGAGAGGGACUACUUCGGCAUCACGUUCAGAGAUGUAGAGAAUCAGAAGAAUUGGAUAGACCCUUCCAAGGAGCUAAAGAAGCAAAUCAGGACCGGCCCCUGGAACUUUGCUUUCAACGUCAAGUUUUACCCUCCGGACCCCUCCCAGCUCACCGAGGAUAUCACAAGGUACUACCUGUGUCUGCAGCUGAGAGACGAUGUGGUUUCAGGCCGUCUGCCCUGCUCCUUCGCCACCCACACGGUUUUGGGCUCCUACACGGUGCAGUCUGAACUGGGAGACUACGACCCCGAGGAAUUAGGCAGCGACUACAUCAGCGAACUGCGCUUUGCACCCAACCAAACCAAAGAGCUGGAGGAGAAGGUCAUGGAACUCCACAAGACCUACAAGGGGAUGACACCCGCCGAAGCAGAGAUGCACUUCCUGGAAAACGCCAAGAAGCUGUCCAUGUACGGCGUGGACCUCCAUCACGCUAAGUUGGUAGGGAAUCUCUAUGAAUGCUUGGCUCCAGCUGAGGGAGAGGACUCUGAGGGCGUGGAGAUCAUGUUGGGAGUUUGUUCAAGCGGCCUGCUCAUCUACAGAGACAGGUUGCGGAUCAACAGGUUCGCUUGGCCCAAAAUCCUCAAGAUCUCCUACAAGAGGAACAACUUCUACAUCAAAAUCCGGCCGGGCGAGUUUGAGCAGUUUGAAAGCACAAUUGGUUUCAAGCUUCCAAAUCAUCGUGCUGCCAAAAGGCUGUGGAAGGUCUGUGUGGAGCACCACACCUUCUUCAGGCUCGUAUCCCCCGAGGCGCCCCCGAAGAAGUUCCUGAGCCUCGGCUCCAAAUUUCGCUACAGCGGUAGAACGCAGGCUCAGACCCGCAGGGCCAGCUCUCAGAUCAUCAGACCCGCUCCGUUCUUCCAACGCUCCUCCAGCAAACGCUACAACAUGUCCCGCAGCUUAGACGGAGCACCCAUUACAGAGAACCAUGAGACUCUCAUGAAGGACAGCGCCACUGACGGGGCGGCCAAAGUCAUCGCCAAGGGAGACAUUAUCACCACGGUAACGACCGAGAAGAAGGCAGAGGAAGAGAAGGCGGAGCAGGAGGACGCUCAGAUGGAUGCUGUAGAGACGCCAGCACCUGCCGACAGCACACCGCUCAGACACGACACAAAGUGCUCCCCUCCUGUAUACACAACCGACCCCCUCCGCUCUGAGCUCUCACUCCCCUCAUCUCCUGUCUUAUCAACCAAAGUGCGGCGGAGGCGCAGGGAGAACGCGCGCAAACGGGCCUCGUCAGUCAGUCCAGCCAAGAGCAGCGCUGGGUGCCGCCGCCGGCAAGCCCUCGCCGACCGCAAAGCCGCCCUGCUGGACGAGCAGGUGCUGCUGCUCUCGGCUCGCAAGCAGCGGCUGGAGCAGGGCAAGAGCCGCGGCGGCACGCUCUUCUCCUUCUCCCUGCACCUGCCCGACCUGUCCUCCUUCCUGGACGAGGACGGCUACAUCACCUUCCCCGAUCUGUCAGAGAUGCGCUUCCUCCCUCUGUGUGCGCAGAACUUCCUGCCCAUUAAGUCACCCUCACUCAUUCCCUGCUUCCUCUUCAUCUUCUUCUUCCUGCUCUCCACCUCUUUUUCCGUCCCGUACGCCCUCACCCUCUCCUUCCCCUUGGCGCUGUGCCUCUGCUACCUGGAGCCCAAGGCAGCCUCCCUGACCGCCUCCAUAGCCCAGGGCUACCAUGACCAUGACAGUUCAGAGGAAGAGGAGACUGACAGCGAACAAACUGAUUUUGCCUUUGAUGGAGAGAUGACCGCCACAGAGUCGGACGCAGAUGAGGACUCUGAGAUGCGGACUCAGUAUAGUUUCAUAAGACGAGUAAAAGGGGAAAACGUUUUUAUCAAGCAUAGUAAUCUGAUGCUAGAGGACACCUCGCCUCCGGAAGAGAUGGUCAAGCACCAGACCAACAUCAGCGAACUGAAGCGCUCCUUCCUGGAGACGGGCGACCGCAUGCCGGGCCUGACAGAGUGGGAGAAGAGACUCUCCUCGUCCCCUGUGCGCUCCACCAGAGCGGAUGAAGCUCCGAUGAUAGAGCCGCUGGAGCCGCAGGAUGUUAAAGACGAGCAGCCUGCAGGAGAAGAGACAAAACAGGAGGCAGAACCUAAAAUCACUGAAGCGGCAGGAUAUCUGGUGAAAUACAUGGUGGAUAGUAUCGCGACCGAUUUGGCCACCUCCUCGGGGCCACACGGGAUUAGCCUGUCAACCACUAUGGACGACGACGUCUUCAUGGACGGCACCCUGAGGGAGGUGGAGGAGAAAACCCCCGACUCCCAGGACGAGGUGUCCGAGAGGGCGGAGAUGAAGGUCAGCCCCGGAGCUGUCAGACAGGAAGUGUCCCAGGCCAUCAUAGACAAGAAAGGAACCCUCAUUAUCUUGAAGGAGGCGGAGGAUAAAGCAGACACCGAGGGCAAAGAGACAAGUGCUGCGGGUGAAAAUAAGGAGUCCCCCGGAGAGGUCGAAGCUGAAGAGGAUGAAAAGAAAAAAUCCAUCAAAGAAGAUGCAAAUUUUAUAGAAGUGAAAACAACUGUAGUCAAGAGUCCGAAGAUGGAGAUAAAAACUGACGACGUGACUCAGAGUAAAGGUUUUGACUCGCCUAAAAAGGCAAUGGCGUCGUGGAUAUCAGAGGAGGUGAAGACCGAAGCGUCUGAGGUCAUCAGUGUGACGACAAAGGAAGUAAAAGAGAUGAAGGCGUUUGACGCUCCGCAGGCGAAAGCAGAAAUCUUCACCUUCGAAGGAAUCCAGACGGAGCAGUCAAAGCCCGGCCUGACUCAGAUUACUCUCUCUGAAUCUUCAACUACAUCCUUAGUAGUGUCUACGCUGGGAUGGGUUUCCUCCUCUGAAAAGACGUCAGCUGAACCAGAGGAGAAGGAGCUGGUUGCCAAGGAGACAGAGGCAGCACCAGUCGUGUCGACAGGGCCAACGAGUCUGGAUGUUGUGGAGGUGGGAACCAAAGAGAUGCCUGUAGUCCACACAGAGACGAAAACUAUCACCUAUGAGUCUGCAGAGGUCGACACGAAUGGUGACGUGGACCCCGGGGUGCUGCUGAGUGCUCAGACCAUCACCUCGGAAACCACCAGCACCACGACCACCACGCACAUCACAAAGACGGUGAAAGGAGGAAUAUCAGAGACGAGAAUUGAGAAAAGGAUCGUGAUCACGGGAGAUACAGACAUCGACCACGAUGAGGCUCUGGCUCAGGCCAUAAAGGAGGCUAAAGAACAGCAUCCUGACAUGUCAGUGACCAAAGUAGUGGUACAUAAAGAGACAGAGAUCACGCCAGAGGAGGGGGAGGACUGACCCAGGAGUAACACUGAGGGCUGUUUUCUGUUCAACCUCCCAGAAUCCAACAUCCAGAUCUCCACAUAUUACUCCGAGGACUCUCAGAAGACUAGAAAGGCUCCUACUCUCCAAAUGCUGCAGCUAGUCGCAAACCAUCACCUGCAAUAUAAAUAAAUGCAUCUUGCAUGAGAAGGACGCAACGUUGCAUUAUCAAACAAAUGGCAAGAUUAUAACUGAGAUUUUAAAAUAAUGGUUCUCGAUCCACCUGCACGCCGAAUCCCUGUGUGCAGCAAGCAGACCGUUUGCUUUCACUGCCUUAUGACUUUGAUGCAUUUUUAUGAUUAUUGAGAAUAAUUAUUGUAGCAACGUUUUAUUUAUGAAAUAAAGCCAUCACUCCAGACACUUAAAAAUCGCUGUAGGCUGUAUAUGUUAGGGAGCGUACACUAUUUAACCUUGCUGUAGAAGUGCCAACCUCAUUUGCCAGCAAGCAUCGCCUCACUCACUCCAACGAUGAUUUCCCGUCAGGUAUGCCACUACAGAAAUCACUGCGGCCCGGCUCUGUACAUAUCCGAGCUUUCCUAGAAGAAUAGCAAAUUAUCUUUCACUUUUGAUUUUUUUUUGUCUACUUGAAUUGCAUUUUAUGAUCAUUUCAGUAUUUUAUCAUCGAUUAACUUCACCCAAGAAGGUCUUUUUUUUUUUUUUUGGCAAUCGCCAAGGAAUCCAGAUUUCUGUGCACAGAAAUCGAUUUUUAUGUGCCUGCGCAGGCUUUGAAUGUUCUCCCGGGUAGAUGAUCGGCUGCAGCACAAGUCCCAGGUUUGUGUGACUGUGAGGCAAAGGGCUCAGACUGCCGAGCUCUGCCCAAAUUAGAUGCAAAGCCAAGAGAGAUCUGUCAACCGCCCCCCCACUUCGCCCUCCACCCACCCUGAACAUGUCAACUGUAUGCCUCCCUCAUCUGUUCACGUGUAUCUGAAUAGCCGAGUAUUGUUCGUGUACAGCCAUGUUUUCCUCAAAAAAUGGUGAAAUAAAAGUGGCAAAUGCAUUUGUUUUUAAUUUGCUGUUUUCUUCUCGAAUAAUAAAAUGUCGACCACAGAACUGAAA